AAAUGGACGGCAAGCUGGAUAUCUUCAGGAGGGAGUUAGUGGAUGUUAGGGGCGUCCCCCUCUUCUGGAGCACUGUUGAGGAGUGGUCCCAGGUGGAAUCAUUUGAGAGCCACCCAGAUGACCUUCUGAUCUCAACCUACCUGAAAUCUGGAACAACCUGGAUCAGUGAAAUAUUGGAUUUGAUCUGUAACAAUGGGGAUGUGGAGAAAUGUAAACAAGACGCAAUAUUCAAACGAGUGCCAUUCAUGGAACUUAUAAUUCCUGGAAUCACAAAUUGUGUUGAGGAAUUGAAUGACAUGCAGUCUCCUUGAUUAGUGAAAACACAUCUACCGGUUCAACUUCUCCCCUCUUCAUUUUGGAAAAAUAACUGCAAGAUGGUCUAUCUGGCACGGAAUGCCAAAGAUGUGGCUGUGUCUUACUAUUAUUUCUACCAGAUGGCAAAAAUGCACCCCGAGCCUGGCACCUGGGCGGAGUUCCUGGAUAAAUUCAUGACCAGGAAGGUGGCCUUUGGUUCUUGAUAUGACCAUGUUAAGGGCUGGUGGGAGAAGAGGAAAGAGUAUCAUCAUAUUCUUUACCUAUUCUAUGAGGACAUGAAAGAGGAUCCAAAGAGUGAAAUUCAGAAGUUAUUGAAGUUUCUAGAUAAAGACCUGCCAGAAGAAACUGUGGAGAAAAUCCUCUAUCAUAGCUCCUUUGACAUUAUGAAGCAGAAUCCUAAUGUAAAUUAUACCACUGUACCAAAAUUUAGUAUGGACCAUUCUGUGUCUCCCUUCAUGAGAAAGGGUGUUUUGGGAGAUUGGAAAAAUCAUUUCACUGUAGCCCAGUAUGAAAGAUUUGAGGAAGAUUAUAAAAAGAAAAUGAAAGGGUCUACAUUGCAGUUUCAUUCAGAGAUCUAAGAAAUAUCCGCUUUUUCCCCACCUCCUUUAGCUGGCAU